GUAAAGUCAACCACGACAUUCGUAGAAAAUUUCAAACUAAAUUAAGAUGGUGGCGAACUACUGGUUUGCUUCGGCAGUUGGUGAAGUGACCUGUUCACAGCUAGGCAGGUGAUGAUCAUCAUGCUGCUGCGGCAAAUUUCAGUGGAUAAAAGGAGCUUCCUAAAGCUAGCAGCCUAGCACACAUUGCUUCACAUGUAAUAAUCUGAUCGGCAUCCAAGAGAGUGACCGAACACAAUGAAUUAAUGGCCUCCUCUUCAUCACAAGCGCCUAUUAGCAAGCCUGAAAAUAACGCUGAGCUAUAUCCCACCUGGCAUCUGCCUCUAUACAAAGCUGCUCUCAGAGGUGACUGGGAGAGCGCCAGCGAAAUCUUGAAGCAAAACCCAGGGGCAGCCACGGCCAAGAUCCUGGGCUCCCAAUAUGCGCUCCAUAUGGCUGUAGGGACAGGAAAGGCAACUGACUUGGUCAAGAACCUGGGGAAAGGGAUGUCACCGGAGGACCUUGAAAUCGCCAACCAAAGCAAGGUGACGGUUAUUACUAUAGCUGCUGCCAGUGGAAACACUAAUGCGGCGAAGUUGCUAGUUAGUAUAAACCCAAAGUUGCCUCAUAUUCAGGACGGCGAUGAAGGGUUUCCAGUCCACAGGGCUGCGCAAUCUGAUCACGAGGAAACGCUUGUCUAUUUACUUAAAGUAACAAGAGAUGAUGUGCAGCCCAGCCCAUCUGAGAAUAAUUCGGGUGUUUUGCUUCUACGUCAAAUCAUCUUCGUAAGAUUUUACGAUUUGGCGGCAGUCUGGUUCAGCGGCACCCAAAAUUGGCAACAUUGGAGGGCUAUGGCUUAAAGUCUCCUUUGUGUUCCAUUGCAGUGAGGUCUUCUGCAUUCCGUAGUAGCAGUGAAUUGAGACUAUGCCAACGCUUUCUUUAUUCCUAUGUCAUUCCUAUGAAGUUGGAGAAUGUUCCCAACAAUUCCAUUGGGGGAGACAUAGAGAAUCCAGCUAACAACUCCCAAGCGCGGAUAUGGAGCAGCUUUCAACAUUUCAGAGGAGGCCAAUUUCUUAGUCCUGUGAGGCAGAAGCUUCACACAGCACUGUGGGAUGUAAGUGACAGUUUAGUACCACAGGUUAAGCACAUCCGUCAAAUGAAAUUUAUGUACGGUGAAGCACUAAGACUUGUCAAAUUACUAUGCACUGAAGCUGAACGUUUGGAUCCUCAAAAGGCUGCAAAUAUAUUUGCGGAUCCAUUGUUCCAAGCAGUAUCACAUGGAAUCCCUGAAAUCAUUGAAAAUAUUUUAGAGUCCUUUCCAGUUGCAGUUCAGUUUCGUGACAAUGAGGACCGUAGCAUAAUCGAAAGGGCAGUUCUAUACCGUUGCCACAAUGUCUUCAACUUAAUAUAUAGAAUGAAUCGUCAGACUAAACAUGCAUUAGCAGAGAACCGAGAUAGGUUUCAGACUAAUAUCUUCUAUCUGGCAGGAAUUUUGGCACCGCAAGACCAGCUCAAUCUUGUUUCUGGUGCGGCUCUGCAAAUGCAACGCGAGUUGCAAUGGUUUAAGGAAGUGGAAAAGCUUGUACCGAGUAUCUAUAGGGAUGCUAGGAACUACAAAGGAAAGACGCCGAGAAUGGUGUUCAUCGAAGAACACAAGGAAUUGGUUAAAGAAGGAGAGAAAUGGAGGAAGGAUGCAGCAAAUUCAUGCUCGGUGGUUGCAGCACUUAUCGCCACAGUCGUGUUUGCCACAGCCAUCACAGUACCAGGUGGCUCGCUGUCUCAGAUACACUCUCUCUCUCUCUUCUCAUCCACCGCAGCCAUCCUGAUGUUCUUGUCCAUCCUUACCGCUCGUUAUGCCGAAGACUACUUUCUCCUAGCCCUGCCCAAGAGGCUAAUCAUGGGGCUCCUCACCCUUUUCAUCUCCAUAACUACCAUGAUGAUUGCCUUUAGUGCCACACUGUAUCUUGUGUGAAACCAUGAGACAUGGAUUCUAACAUCCGUGGCUGCAUCAGCUUGUUUAUUAGAUUUGUUUGUUUACCUGCAAUUUUCUCUACUUGUGGAUAUGUUCUCUUCCACUUAUGGCCAUGGAAUUUUUGGCCAGCGUAGUGAAGAACCCUUGUGCUAA